AUGUCGAACCCAAUACCAUACUCGCAUGAGCUCACAGAGAGCCAAUCGUCCAAGGCUGUCAUUGAGACCAUGCAACAAGAGCUGGAGAUAAUGUACCGUAUUGUAGAGGCGAACGAGCCUGAUCACUUCUUCCGAGAAGUCCUCGACAUGAAGCAAAACAACGAUUUCAUGCUACACUACAUGCAGACGGGAGAGCCAUUGUGGCCAUUACCGGAAUGCAACGCCCCUGCAGUCGACCAACGAUCCCCAAUCAUCAGCCGUGAACAAGACUCUGUUGACAAUCCAGAUAGUAGAACGCGUGUAGCAACCCCUGACGCUGCUAAUCAUUCAGAUGUUGGAAGAGCGACUUCAGUGGCCCGUUCACCGUCUAAGACGACUGCUGCAAGAAAUCCAAGUCAGUCCACGUCAACAGCAGAUCAAUUGAGGCAGAAGGAACUGGAGAAGAAUGGAAAGAAGAAAGAGCAGCAGCAGGAAGAGAUUGUUCUCGAGACAGUCGCCCAGUCAGUUGAGGCAGGAGAAACGAAUGCUGGUACACGUGCCUUCACCCCCGAUGCCGAAAGAGCCGAGAACGCAACCGAGCCAUCUCCGAAAAAUGCAAAGGAGCCACCGUCUGUUUCUAGCCAUGCCGAGAAGAGAACUUCCUACGUUUUCGCUGCAAAGAAGAAGAAGAAUCGUGUCUCCACCAAUGGAAACAGCUCAGCCCAGAAGGUCAUCAAGCGCGAGGCGGGAAGUAAGACUGGCUCGGUCAACAAAGCAAACGGCGUACAGAACAAGGCUGGAUACUGUAUAAAAAAAAAGAACUGUUUUGGCAACGGCCGCUCUCAGCAAGGACUCACUGCAGAUGAUGCUAUCAUUAUUUCCAGCGACAUGUGUGGCGAUCGACAAGUGGGAGGAGCAGCAGAAGAUGAGCUGACUCAUACGCAAGAUAACCAAGGAGAAGUGAGACAAGCGUUCCGGCGGAUGAUACCACAUCUAACGCUACCGCAACGAAGUUCAGCGCAUCAUCUGCUGUUGACAGCUCUCAGCAUGAAAAGCGCACAUAUGACGGGCCUAUUCCUGACCCUUCCCAAAAGUCUCUCUAUGCUCAGCAUCAAGCAGUUGAAUAUGCGAAGGAAUUCAUUGAAGAGGUGA